UCCGCGUCGCGCCGCUGGGAAAUUCGACGACCGCGGAUUUGCCACGUGCCGGUGGCGGCGAGCGGCGGACGGUGCGCGGCUGAAAAUCAGUUUCCCAGGAUUUCCGGAUCCCAAUUGCGUUCGGAAACGAUUUAAUGUCAAUUUUCCUGAUUGCGGAGAGCCCCGCGUAAUCAAGGCGCCCCCAGGGGAUCGAUUCGCAUGGAAAUCGGCGGACGCGUCGACGAGCAUCGACAGGUGGACGCGAGAGAGGACCCGAAGCUACGGACUAUUAACUAUUAACUAUAAACUAUACCUAAAGCGGAAUCGUCUGAAAAGGUCAUCUUGGGCGUGAUAAGACGACUUUUUUAAAAGGACGCGUGCUAUCUUUGGCCUUUCAAAGCGAUUCUUUAAAAAGGAUACGCGCUAUCUUGAGUCUGAUGAUACGAUUUUCUCAGGACAUAUUGCCAUCUUGGGUCUGAUAAAACAAUUCUUCAAAAGGAAACGUGCCAUCUUGAACUUCCCGAAACGAUCCUCUGAAAACGAGCCGCGUUAUCGCGGGCCUCCUAAAACGAUUUUUCCAGAACUACCCGCGUUAUCACUGGCCUCCUAAAGCGAUUCCCUCGGAACACGUGCCAUCUCGGCGUCCUAAAACGAGGUUCCCGAAACGACACGUGCCAUCGCCGGUCCGGGUCCUCUUCGGAGGACUAUUUCCGUCCACUGGUGGCCGCGAGCGGAAAUUCCGCGAGAAUCGCUCGCCUCGAAAAAAAGGAAGGAAGGUCAAGUUCUCAAGAGUCGGAAAACCGACGCGGAAGGUGCUCGCCAAAAGCCGAGGAUCGAGUUUCGGAUCUCCAGGAAGGGACGUCGAUUACGGGAACCUUCCGAUGGAAACGGCGCUCGUAAAUUCGCCCGAAUCCGGGCAGAAGCUCUCACUCCGAAACAUUAAUUAAACGGGAUUGAGUGAUUUACGGGGUAACUAAGUUCGCAAGAGUUACGGGCGGACUCGCUUGUAAAUCCAACCGCGUCGAGUGAAUUUGAAAACCUGGCGAGCUCCCCGAAGAAAGUCGCGUCGACGUCGAGGUAACCCAGAGGUCUCCUCCCAAGGACCUCCUGGUAGCUCUCCGAGGGAUUCCGCCCCGAUUAGGGGUUUCUAUCUCCAGGAUGAGAGACCCUAAUUUGCCAAAAGCCCCCCGAUUCUCGAAUUUGAAGCGCCCUCGAGAACACCCUUCGAGGUCGUGAACUCCGAGUUCCUGGGACCGGAAGAGUUAUCGUUCUCCAGGCGAAAAAGGGAAAUCGUCGAAGACAUGAACGACUCGGAGGUGGACUCGGUCGACUUCGAGGACCCCACCAAGUACCUCCCCGCGAAGGUGAUCUUCUCCGGGCUGUACUUGACGAUCUUCCUGCUGGGGAUCUUCGGCAACGUGGCCGUGUGCUUCGUGGUGGCUCGCAACCGGCAGAUGCAGACGGUGACGAACCUCUUCAUCGCGAACCUGGCCUUGAGCGACGUUUUGUUGUGCGCCCUGUGCGUGCCGUUCACCCCGCUCUACAAGUUCCUGGAGGGCUGGGUGUUCGGCAGGUUCCUGUGCCACCUGGUGACCUACGCGCAGUGCGUCAGCGUGUACAUCAGCACCCUGACGCUGACCAGCAUCGCCGUGGACCGGUACCUGGUUAUCCUGUACCCGUACCGGCCGAGGAUGAAGGUGGGGGUGUGCCUGGCGGUCAUCUUCGGCAUCUGGGUGGUGGGCCUUCUCUUGACGUUGCCCUACGGCCUCUUCAUGAGCCUUCGUCUGGAAGGUUCCCACGCCGUCUGCGAGGAGGCCUGGCCCAGCGAGCCCUUCCGCAAGGCCGUCGGCUCUCUGAACCUCCUCCUGCAAUUCGUCCUACCUUUCGUCGCCAUCAGCUUCUGCUACACCUGCGUCUCCCUGCGGCUCAGGGUCCAGGCCAGGUCUCGACCUGGAAAUAAGAGCGGACGUAGAGAGGAGGCCGACCGCGAGCGGAAACGCCGCACCAACCGCAUGCUCGUCGCCAUGGUCGUCAUCUUCGGCAUCUCCUGGCUCCCCCUCAACGUCGCCAACGUCGUCAACGACUACUUCUCCUCUGCCAACGAGUGGUCCUACUACAACCUCGUCUUCUUCGCCAGCCAUUGCCUCGCCAUGAGCAGCACCUGCUACAACCCCUUCCUCUACGCCUGGCUUAACGACAACUUCCGCAAGGAGUUCAAACAGGUCUUACCCUGCUUCCUGAGGAGGCCUGCUCCGAAUGGGACCGACACCGUUCAGGAGAGUCUUCUUCUGAGUCAGUCGACCAAGGCGAAUCAUCUGGAACUGUCGACGGUCGGCGCGGUUAAAAUUUCCACCAGCCCUAAUUCCAAGGACCUCGAGGACGAUGCCGCUCUCUGAGGUCGACGCCGCGCCAGGGCGUGCCGACCCAGGGAGCAGGAGAAGAGCUCGAAGGCGACCGUCAUCCAAGGAUCGCGACCGAACCGAGGGUAACGAUCGAUUCGUCUCGUCGUUAAUUGGUUCCUCGCCAUCGGACGUCCUCUUGCGACGUUUUUGCGGGCUACCAUGAACUCUUCUUACGGUGCAGCCAAAAUUGGGACCCUCUCCAUGGACACGGUGCAGUCGGAUGCACCCGGAGGAUACGUAGCGACCUUGGUGGUUCUUUUAUUUUUCCCCCUUUGCAGAGCACCUAACAUCGGCAACGUCCUUUCUUCAGCAUUCUCGUCCUUACAAGGAAGGUAUCCCAGGUCGAUCUCUUCGAUUUCAUUUCUUUCAUAAUAUGUUAUAGUAGACUAAGAACUAAGCGACACGUAUUUUUUUUUAUCUGCCAUUAAACACUUUAAGGGGGUGAAGCCACCAUCCAAAGGAAGGCAUGUCAAGGAGCGAUUUGGCAGUUCCAUCCACCAGAACAUAAUAUUUUUCAUUUCUCGUUAUGAGAAAGCUUUUCUAAAUGGAUUGGUUA